CGUCCUCCAGUUUUUGUCAUCAGCUUCAUCUGCGACAUCGCCAACUUCCUUGACGAGCAACCCGGCGGGCGCCAUCUGCUGGUGAAGUACGUCGGCGAGGACGCAGCGACUGCAUUUUUUGCCGGUGUCUACGACCACACAAACACUGUGCGAAACGUG